CAACAUAGGCAUCAGCUCUGUAGCAUCCUCUCAAGCACUCCUCAACCCCUGCUUUUUCGCCUUUGGAAAUGGCGGAAGCGGUUCUUUCCGGCCUUGCCACUUCCAUACUCAAUAGCCUCGCCGCUGAAAUAACAAAACCCGGAGGCUCCUUAGCUUCCCAGAAGAUCCGGUUGCUCUGCGGUGCCAAGGACGAGCUCCAAAGCCUUGAGAGCACCGUCCAGUCCAUCCAAGCUCUGCUUUUGGAUGCCGAGAAGCAGCAAUGGCACAACGACCAGGUCAAGCUCUGGCUCAAGAGGCUCAAGGACGUGCUGUACGACGUACAGGACUUGUUCGACGAUGUUGCAACUGAAGAUCUGAGGCGAAAGGUCACUUCCGGCAACAAGACCUGGAAAGAGGUACGCUUUUUCUUCUCCAAAUCGAAUCAGCUUGCACACCGGCUCAAGGUGGCUAAUAAGAUUGAGGAACUUAGGAAGAAACUGGAUGGGAUUAAAAAUGAUAGACAGUUCGAGUUAGAUCCACAUCUGAGUGGGCCAACUGUUGCUAUUGAGAGGAGGACAACUCACUCUUUUGUGCGCGAGGAAGAAAUAAUUGGUAGAGAAGAGGAUAAGAAGGAGAUCAUCGCGCAUUUGCUUGAUUCCUCCUCUAGGGAGAGAGUUUCGGUUGUUUCGAUCGUGGGUAUUGGCGGGCUUGGAAAAACCACUCUUGCUCGGCUCGUUUACAACGAUGACAAGGUUAAAGACUGUUUCAAGCCUAAGCUGUGGGCGUGUCAUGGGGAUCCUGAAAACUUUGAUGAGUAUGUGAUCAUCAAAGAAAUACUGAAAUCUGCCCAGCAUGAGUGUCGAGGGGAUCCUGAGAUGAUGAGAGAUCUGCAAGACAUUGAGAAUAAAUCGAAGGAGCAGUUGCAGCAGCUCCUUCGUAAGGUGCUGGACGGGAAGAAGUACUUGCUUGUUCUGGAUGACUUAUGGAACGAAGAUCGCCAGGCAUGGUUGGACCUCCAAUCUCUCCUAAUGGGUGGUUCAUGGGGGAGCAAGAUACUCGUCACCACUCGCAAUCGGUCGGUCGUAGAUGCUACGGAUGCGAAAUCAGUUGUCCAUGAUCUACGGGGCUUAUCUGAAGAUAAGUCGUGGGACUUACUCAAGAAAAUAGCUUUGGUUGAUGGGGCAGAACAGUUAAAUUCGAGACUGGAGAUGAUAGGUCGAGAUAUAGUCAGAAAAUGCGCCGGUGUUCCUCUUGCCAUCAGAACUAUAGGCAGCCUUUUAUACAACAAAAAGGAAAACGAGUGGCUCCAAGUCAGGGACCAUGAACUUUCAGAAAUAGAUAAGUCGGGACGUGGAAUUAUGGAAGCCCUCAAGAGACGAUGAUACAGCUUUGGAUGGCACAAGGAUUUAUUGAAUCAUUACACAAGAACGAGGGCCUCGAAGAAGCUGGGGAUCGUUACGUCUCGGACCUACUUUGGAGGUCAUUCCUUGAGGUUGAAAAGCUCGAUGAUUC